CUCUCUCUCUCUCUCUCUCUCUCUCUCUCUCUCUCUCUCUCUCUCUCUCUCUCUCUCUCUCUCUCCACCAACAGUUUUCGCAACAAUGAUUUCUCUCAAAAACAUGUCAUGUCUCGUGGACUAGAUGGAUGGAUUAAAUGCUUCAACCGCGGCAGUCGGAGAGACCAUCGGCAUCGGAACAGAAGACAUGGUGGAAGCCAUGGCGGGAGCUGAUGUGACAAUGGCGGAGCAGACACACAUGAAUGCACAAGAAGGGGGGAUGGAGACGGAGUGUGGCAUAGGGGCGACACUGGAUGUUGGGACAGAAGAGAUGGUGAUUGGAGAUGAUGAUGAACUUGGGAGAGGCCGCAACAACCAUAGCACGACCGUGAUUGGUAAAAAAGAAGUGGCGAACAGGCAAGAGUCGAGACAUCGCACUCCCGUAUGUUAUGCAUUGUGCCUAAUGAGAAUGUUCGAAGGACGAAUGUCGAGGAAUGUUUUCAGUAUGCUAUCAAUUGGGAACCUGGCUGUAUACAGCCUGGCAUCAUUGGAGCGGUCUAUGGAGGACGCGUCUAGUUUUGAAAGCGAGGAAAAUGCGAGAACAGACGACGAGGGCGGUGACAGUGAAUCAGAGACCACAGGGGAUUCAAAAGAAGGAGAGGGUAGUGGCGCACAGCAGGAAAGCGGCAAUGUAAGCAGUGACGCGAACAAUGAUGAAGAAGAGGAAACUUCAUACUACAGCACUGACGAGGACAGUCAGAAAUCACGGAGUAAUGGGAAGAGGCCAAAACGUGAAAGUGAAGGAACACUUGGACGAGGGGAAGGAGAAAAAGUUGAGACGAACAAGCAGUUGGUGCGCAAGGAGUCGUCGUCGCAGCAAUGUAAGUGCAUUAUUUAAAACAGUAGUUCACAACCUCAGACCUCGUAUAUGUCGUUCUUGAAUUGAUGCACAAAGAGAGUUAAGAAAUAUUACAAAACUAUUAACAAAAUCGUGUGUUGUCU